AUGGAUCAGACUAUAGAUCUGACGACAGACCAGACUAUAGACCAGAGAAAAAUUUUGAAACCACUUGAUUUUUCAAAAGCCAAUGAAACUGUAUUUUCAACUUCAACUGCUGAUAAUAAUUCAACAAUUGAAAAAUCUGGUACACCAGCUACUCCUGAAAAAAUAACUGAUGAACAAUCUCUUCUUGAAGAAACAACUGGUAUACCAAAUGAUUUUUCUGCGCCUGGAUAUAACAAGGCUAAAAUCUGGGAAAGUUACAACAUCUAUUUUCCAAAAAACGUGAUUUCUUAUAUCGAAAGAAAAUCCUCCAUAUCUCCGGAUAUAUCAGAUUGGAAGGCACUGGUGAAAGAGGCACUACUAGAAAUAUAUCAGUCAGAAAUCACUAAUUUUUCUGCAAAAGGCACUCGGUUGAACAAAAAUGUUGGAAUAGACCCACAGGUAUUUAGGGCGAUUCUGGGCUGGGCCCAAUCGAGAACAAAAGAAACGAUUUCGGAGACUGAAUUUGUUAAUUACAUUAAUAAAUUCAUAGGAAAUAAAAGACAGUCAACUGGAAAAAUAAAACCACAAGGAAAUAAGGUAACCAUCACUAAACAUUCCGAGUCGGACAGCUGUGAACCCAAGACAAAUUAUAAUUUUCCUGAAAAAGAGGAUGAGUUUCUUCACGAAAAUGAUGUAAAUUUACACCCAUUAGACAUGUCAACUUUCAAUGUUAAUGUUCCGGGUCAGUUUAAUGAUAAUGUCAAUUGGAAUUUAAAUUAUUCAUCAGCAAGUCGUGAGUAUUCAAUUAAUUUAAUAAAUGACAAUGUCUUCCAACAAUCAAUGAAUAUUCUUCAUGACGACUAUGAGGAGGAAAACCCUUCAUACCUCAAUCUUUAA